UCAGCCUCUCCAUCUCUAUUCUCGUUCUCAACUCUGAACUUGGCCUCUCUCUCUCUCACCCUGCAACUGCAAACUACAAAAUCUGCAAGAAUCAGAAGUUCAAAACCCAUAAGUUCCAGUUAAACUAUCUGUCUGCAAGAAUCAAAAGUUCAAAACCUAUUACCUAUAUCAAAACCCCCAUAUCGGCAUAUAAUUUCAGAUUGUUCAAAAAAUAAAAACUCGUAUCUUUCAGUUUCCAUCGCCCGCUGUUCCAGUUCGGGUUCGCCGUUCGCAAGCUUCAGCCGCCGUCUCUCAACUCUCAAGCUUGCCCCCCCUCUCUCUGCAACUGCUAACUUUGCAAAGAUUUACCUCCGUGGAAAGGAUGAUUCUUUCGGAUCGACACGAGAGUCCAACUACAUUGCAUAGCCAGAAUCCAUGUUGUAUAUUUGGAAGAGGUUGACCUUGCGUCUCUCAUGGUAGAAUCCUCUUCCUGCCGAGCCCCCUUUCUCCUCGGUCCGCAGAGACAAAAUGUAGGAUUGGUGCUAACAGUUCAUCACAGAAGAAAGGACUCACUAAGCCAGGAUCACUAACUAAUACUAAUAUAAUACUAAUCUAAUAGAAAAGAACCUCUCUCUCUCUCUCUCUCUCUCUCUCUCUCUCUCUCUCUCUGUUCAAAACCCAUAGAGAAUGAAAAGUUGAAAACCUAUUACCUAUAUCAAAAUCCCCAUAUCAUUUUCAGAUUGUUCAAAAAAUCAAAACCCAUAUCUUUCGGUUUCCAUUGCCCGAUGUUCCAACACUUGCAAGCUUCAGCUGCUUGCCCGCUGUCUCUCAACUCUCAAGCUUGCCCCCCUCUCUCUGUUCCUUUCCUUUCCUCCGUUUUGCAUUGCACCAAACUGACCCUUACCGAACUCCCAAUACGAGUCUUCUCUCUAGAACAUCCAACAGACACCUCCUUUGUCUCUCUACAAUCACUCUGUACUACACCGGAGGCCUCUCUCUCUACCAUCACUCUUCCAGUCUUCCCUCAUAGUCGCAAGAUGCCUCCCUUUCUCUCUCCUUUCACUCUUCCCUCAAGCUCAUCAGAUCGUCCAGGUUUGUUUCUUUAGGUACUGAGAUUUUAUUAUUAAUUUUUUUUUUUCUUUUUGUUCACUGAGAUUUUUUUUUUUUCCUUUUUCUGUCUCUGUGUUUUUUACAGCUCGAUCAUAUGCAUCAGAUCUAUUCUCUUCUAGGGUAAACUUUGGGGGAUGAAGAUUGGGAGAAAAUACAAUUAAAGUUACUCUCGCUCUAGGUUAUGAACUUACUCUCGCUCCAUUCUCAAUCAACUGAUCACAUCACUUUCUCUCACUCCAUGUGAAAAAAUUUCAAUUUGAGAGCUUAUUUUCCAUUUUCAAUCCAGAGUUUCUAUUGUAAUUCAAAGAGAAAUCCAAACCAAAUUGUUGAGUUCAUUAAUCAGUCUAUCCACUUGCAGGCUGUUCUAAAACUGAACGAAGCAAAGAAGCUUGAAUCAACUGAACAGGAGGUGUUGGUCGUUUAGGUAUGGGGUUGAGUGAAGAGAGGCAUCAUCAUAGUCGUCGUGAUCACAGCCUUGUGCCUCUAGCUGCAUUGAUCCGUAGAGAAAUGAAAAAUGAGAAGAUGGAGAAGCCGACAGUGAGAUAUAGGAAUGCAGCUCAGUCUAGGAAAGGGGAGGAUUAUUUUAUGAUGAAGACGGAUUGCCAGAGAAUUCCCGGAAAUCCAUCAUCUGCAUAUUCUGUAUUUGCGAUCUUCGAUGGACACAAAGGGAAUGCUGCAGCGAUUUUUUCCAGGGAUAAUUUGUUGAACCAUGUCUUGAAUGCUAUUCCUCAUGGGCUUGGGAGGGACGAAUGGCUUCAAGCUUUGCCUUGGGCACUGGUUGCUGGAUUUGUGAAAACUGACAAGGAGUUCCAGAGUAGAGGAGUAACUUCAGGAACCAGAGUCACGUUUGUAAUAGUUGAUGGAUGGACUGUAACAGUUGCAUGUGUUGGAGACUCCCGCUGCAUUUUAGAUACCCAGGAUGGUGCCGUCUCUGUUUUGACUGUUGAUCACAGACUUGAAGAAAACGUGGAGGAGAGGGAACAUGUAACUGCCAGUGGUGGCGAAGUUGGGAGGCUUAGCAUUUGUGGCGGUGCUGAGGUGAGCUUUCAAAUGCUCUGGUGGAAGGCUUAUAAUUGCCUCUGAUGGCAUCUGGGACACAUUAACCUCCGAGAUGGCUGCAAAAUCAUGCUGUGGGUUGCCUGCUGAACUUGCUUCUAGGCAAGUAGUGAAGGUUUAGCAUCGGGCCUUAACAUUUAGCAAUAAUAAGGUUCAAGAAACAUGCUUCCUUAGUUAUCAGGUCUUUUUUUUCUGAAAGAAGAGAGUUGAUUGGAAUGGCUGGAGUAGGGUAAAAGAAAAUAGGAAACAUUCUUUCCAAAGGAGAGAAUCAGAAAAGCCCGGUUAAGCUUAACCGCCCCUAUUUUAGGAAGAACCCAAAAUAUUGGUGUGUGUAUUGUCUAGGUAUGAUAUUCAAAUACGAAGGGAAAAUGAAACACACAACAGAAAGCAUCAUCCUGGUUUGAAAUGUGUCUGCUCCACAUGUGGAAGCGUCUUCAAAACCUGACAGGAGAUAAUAUAUGAACACAAGCCCUAGCAAUUCCAGCCCCCAUAAGGUGUUUAUCCGAUUUGGUGGCUUCGAAGAGCAGGGAGGAAUUUUCAUCACCGUGAUUUUUAUUUUUGAAAAUGGUAUGACAAAAGAUAUGGUCCUGAGAAAUGUUAUCAUAUUUUGGUGAUGCCCGAGUCCCACAAAGUGGUGGUGGUGGUGGUGGGGUUUCUUCAAGUGGUGAUAGUGGUGGGGGUGGAGAUGGAGGUGAUGCUUCUUCAAGUGAAACAAGAGUGAUGGAGGAGGAGGUGAAAUUGAGUAGUGGUAUGCAGGUAAGUUUUUAAUUAAUUUCAGAAUUUUGUUUCAAUGGGUGAUGAUUUAUUCUUAAUUUUUAUUCAAAACUUAUUCUUAAUUUUCAUUUAAAGUUUUGAAAUGAAAAUUAAGAAUAAGUCACCACCCAUUAAAACAAUUCCAUCCCCCACAAGGUGCUUAUCCGAUUUGGUGGCUUCGAAGAGUAGGGAGGAAUUUUCACCACCGUGAUUCUUAUUUUGAAAAAUGGUAUGACAAAAGAUAUGGUCCUGAGAAAGGUUAUCUUAUUUAUGGUGAUGCCCGAGUCCCACAAAGUGAUGGUGGUGGGGCUUCUUCAAGUAUUGGUGGUGGUGGUGGUGGGGUUUCUUCAAGUAGUGAUAGUGGUGGUGGUGGAGAUGGAGGUAAUGCUUCUUCAAGUGAAAACAAGAGUGAUGGAAGAGGAGGUGAAAUUGAGUUGUGGUAUGCAGGUAAGUUUUUAAUUAAUUUCAGAAUUUUGUUUCAAUGGGUGGUCUUAUUCUUAAUUUUUAUUUCAGAACUUAUUCUUAAUUUUCAUUUAAAAUUUUGAAGUAAAAAUUAAGAAUAAGUCAUCACCCAUUGAAACAAUUCACUCCCCUACAAGGUGCUUAUCUGAUUUGGUGGCGUCAAAGAGCAGGGAGGAAUUAUCACCACCGUGAUUCUUAUUUUUAAAAAUGGUAUGACAGAAGAUAUGGUCCUGAGAAAGGUUAUCAUAUUUUUGGUGAUGCCCGAGUCCCACAAAGUGAUGGUGGUGGGGGCUUCUUCAAGUAUUGGUGGUGGUGGGGGGGUUUCUUCAAGUAGUGAUAGUGGUGGUGGUGGAGAUGGAGAUGAUGUUUUUUCAAGUGAAAACAAGAGUGAUGGAGGAGGAGGUGAAAUUGAUUUGUGGUAUGCAGGUUUAGCUGAAGGUGGAGUUCUUUGAUGGUUAAGUUCAGUUGAACAGAUUUGGGACUUAUUCUUUUCAGGUUUAGCUGAAGGUGGAGUUCUUUGAUGGUUAAGGUACAGUUCUUUGGUGGAGUUCUUUCAAAUGAAUGCCUGAUGUCUUAUUGUCAUAUAUUAUAAGUUUGAUUACUGCCAUACACACUAGAAUCUAUUCUGUAUGUGUGUGUAUAUAUAUAUAUAUAAAUAUUAUUUUUUAAAGAAACAAUCUGAGGCCUAAAGUCCUAGCAAAAUCCCUUACACUAAUGCAAAAAAUUAUAAUUAUUAUAUAUUUUUCUAAAUAUUAUGAUCUAAUUUGACACGGUUAAUAUUAGCAAAGACAAUUAAUUUUCUUUAUUACUAUUUCUUCACCAUUUUGUAUUUAUUUUAAAACCAAGAUAGAUGUGAGAUGGUUCGUCUAAGUGCAUGAAUGUAUAUCUCACUUGAGUAAAUAAUAUUUGUAUUUUUUUUAACAUAUAAUAAAUAUGUGUGGUUGGAGAAGUAAACUCUGAAAGAUUGUGCAAGCUGGUCAGUAGGAAUCCCUCUCUUUAUCUUUCUCUGUGUGUGACAAAUUGCAAGCUGUGAUGUAACCUUUUUUACGGAAAUGCAUGACCUAGAAUCCAGGUGGCAGUAUAUUUUGGACUGUGGAAUGUGUGGGUAUUCAAUGUAAAAGUAACACACACAAAUCGAGAGCAUAACUUUGAAUAAAUUUGUUUUUGUAAAGCAAAGAAACUGUUUUAUUUCAUUUGUAAUGUUGAUGAUAAGAAAGACUUCACUAGUUUAACAUAGAGAUUAAUGAAACUCAAUCCUGUUGAAUCAACACAAUAGCAAAAGAACACAAGAUAGAUUAAAAACCCAGAACUCAAUAUUAAGUUUUAAUAUCACCUUGAUACACUACCAACUCAAGAAAAAAGAAUUCAAAUAAACCAUCCUCAUAAUAAUAAUAAUAAUAAUAAUAAUAACAAUAUACAACAAUAAUUAAAACAACCUCUAAUAUAGCAGAAAACAAAAGCUCUAUUUAUAAACUAGGUAAAAGAAGCUCCCUGAGCAGACAACCAAGGCAUUUCCGGCCAAGCUCAUACUCAAAACUCUACCCCAAAGCAUUCAAGCCAGGUCUCCAACCAGCCAGAUAUGAUCUUAUUGUUGUACAAACUGUUUUUGGUGUUUUGCUUUGUUGUUUGCUUUGUUGUCCACUACCAUAAAUGCCAUGCAAUUUUAAUACGCUCAUCAAUGUUUCAAAAUCAAGAAAGGGUGCCAAAAGCAAUUUUAAAAGAUGGUCAAACAUUUCCAGAUGAGUGCACGUUUUAUGGGUAUAACAAAAUAAGAGAAGCUUAAAAAACAUUGGGUCAAAGUCAAACUAAAAGCAUACAAUUAGAGGGAAACAAUUAGAAUUAAGCUCAAAAUAUGGGCACAUAUGCAAAGAAUUGAAAGAUCAAACAAGGGAAAGUGAAGGAACAAGGAAAGAGGCGUCUAUAGGCAGCGCUGGGUGCCAUAUAAGCGGCAUAAUUCAUCCUUCGUCUCCCACUAGUCCAAGCAAUUCUUUUCAGCAGUUUCUCUCUCUAGUAUUCUUCAAGGAAGAACAGCUGGCUCUCUCUCUCUCUCUCUAUAUAUAUAUAUAUAUAUGUAUAUACUGUCUGUAAUUGAUGAUGUAUUUUUUGAGAGGAAAAUUUCCUUUCUUUUUCUGUGCCUUUAAUCUUAGACUUGAGUUGAUUUCCGAACAAUGAACAAGGGCAAUUGAGUUGAUUUCUUUUAAUUAAUUAGACUUCUUCACCAUAUCUGAUUGACUAAAAAGUCUAGAAGCAGCCAUUCAUUUAUUUCUUUCUUUUUUGAAAUUUUAAAAGAUGCAUUAUAUACUGUCCAUCUUGAUUUUUUUCUCCAUCUUGAUUUUUUUCUUUCUUUCUUGAAGCUUUUGGGAAAGCCAAAAUUAAAUUGAAUGAACAUGAAAGAGGGUAAAUAUAAUUUGUGGAUUUAGGUUAAAAUUUUGAGUUUAUUGAUAAUGUUAUCAUACUCUUGAUCUUAUCAUUCAUUUCUUUAAUAAAAAAUUGAACUUCAUUGGAUCAAAAUAUUGGAUAGGACUCUUUCAUAUAAGCAGAGCAUAUUAUGUAACUUAAGAAAAAAAAAACAUGAUAUCAAAUUAUGUUUCUUUCAUUUACACUUCAUUAUCAACUAGCAUAUUAGGCUUUAAGUAUCAUAGUCCUUAAUGUAACAGGUAGGGGCUUGCCCAUUACUCAAAAAUUUAAGUUAUUGGGUAGUGCUGUAUAUUCACACAUUUAUACCCAUUUAUUUUUUCAUUCGGAUCUGAUUUGGGUAAGGGCGGAUUCAUGAAAUUGUCAAUGGGAUGGGUUAAUAUUUUUUUGAGUGUGCUAAUAUUAGAAAUACAUUUUUUUUUAGUGUGCUAAUACUUGAGCGGAUCACGAUUUAGUACCUAAAGCAAAUGCGGAAAAACAUGUAAAAUAAUUUUUUUUUUAAGCUUAGAUGUCAAAUUGUGAUUGACCGGCCAAUGGUCUUGGAAUAAUGCAAUAAUUUUUCAUCCGGAGGUUCAGACCCAUGCCUACAUUUUCAACCACACCUAAUAUAGCAAAUAGAUUAUAUGAAAAGAGAAGAUGAGAGAGAGCCCCAA